AUGAGCUGCCGAUGCCAAAGCUGCAGCGCUUGCGAGGAGAAGUGGGAGCGCUGCAAGGUCUUCCUGAGCGCUGCCUGUGAGGGGGGUAAGUCGGACCUCUGCCAGGGCCUUCAGCAGCUGGUGGACAAAUGGCCAGCGGUGCUCUCAGCCCUGCACGCGGUGCCAACUCCGACCCGCGCCAAGGCGACCCAGACGGAGCCGCAGGAAGUCCGCUGGGAGCCCUUCCUCUUGAGCCUUCACACGCGGCAGCUGAGGUGGGAGGCGUUUUGCAGCUGGCGAAAGCUGCUGGAGGAGUCUGGCAAACUGGAGGCGGUGCUGCGGCGGCAGCUGCGGCAGCGGCGUGGGAGUUUGCUGCGGCAAAGCUUCCAGCUUUGGCGGCAGCCAAAGCGGCCGCAGGAAGCCGCGGAGCUCUUGGAGGAGACGUUUCUGGCCUGGAAGAUCUGCGCGGAGGCAGCAAGAGCCGAAGACGUGAGUGAAGAGCCGAGCGAGGGCGAGCCAGUGAUGGAGGAGCCCGAUGCGCCGGAUCUGAGCUCUGCCUGGGGCAUGGUGCAGGAGGAGCUGUGCCGAGCAGUGUGCGACCUCCAGCAGGCCCUGAAACGCCAGGAGGUGGCGGAGGAGCAGUGCAGCAGAGCCGAGGGCCAGAUCCGCAGCUUGGAGCAGGACCUGGCAGCGGCGAAGACGCAGCUGCGGGAGGCGGAGCUCCGCGAGUGCGAGCAUUUCCGUUACGAGAGCCUUCGUCGGGGGCGCGACAGUCCAGAGGAGGCCUGCCAGCAAGUAGGUCGUGCCGCCUCCCAGCGCCUGCCGCUGAGGCGGUCCCAGAACACGGUUAGCCUACCCAGCCUGCCGACGAUGCGCCCAGGCGUUCUUCGAAUGCUGGACGACGAGGAAGUGAGCGAGAUCAUCGGCAUCAGCAGGGGAUUGACAGCAGCCGCCAUUGAUAGCUACACCGUUUGCUACACCUUUUGUGGCUUAUCCCAGUCCUUAGAGGAUGAGACGCGAGGGAAGUGCACCGUGUGCAUGGAGGAAUUUGUGAAAGGUGCGCUGUUUGCGCUAGAUGAAACAGGAAUCGAGCACGCCGAAAACUGGCACAAGCCGAGUCGAUUGCGGGACGAUGGCGUCUCCCUGCGCUUGCCCGCGGGGCUUCCAACGCCGCCCGCUGCCCCGCCCUUCCGCGCCGAAGCCCUCUGGCGCAUUGGGCGCCUCUGGACCGGCUUGAGCGCGAGGGCCGUGCGCCGUGUAGUGAGCUUGGAGCCAGGCGAGGCGGGGGCCGUCACGCCGCGGGUCUUCGAGGCGAGGCAGCGGCUCUUCGGCGCGGAGAGGCCGCAGCUGAAGUUCUGGCACGACGCCGCUGGGUGGUGCCCCCACUGCAUGGUCUCCUGGGUGGUGAUGGAAGAAAUGGAAAUCCCCUACGUGAUGGACACGACCCCUCUGCGCGCGUACCUGAAGCCUGGCGAGAAGAAGCGGCAGAAAUUAGUCCCGGUGAUCCAGCUGAUUGAGGAGCACAGUAAAGACGGGCAAUGGCACUUUCAAGAAGCCAUGAAGGGCGUGGGCCGCGGAGAGCAAGUCUGCCAGAUGCUGCAGCAGCGCUUUCCGGACCGCCUGCCCCGCCCGGAAAACGGCCACUGGCAGCUCUUCAAGGCACUGCAGGUGGCGCACAGCGCCUACAAGCGCCUCAAAGGGCGGCCCACCUGGGGAGUGGCUGGGAACCGCCCGGAGCACCAGGAGCAACUGAUGUCCGCGCUGGACGAUCUCGAAGCAGCGCUAGCUGCGAGUGCCAAGCGCAGCGACGCCGACGCCGCUGCCGCGAAGUCGUGCUUCUUGAACGGAUCGAAGCCCAACAUGAUGGACCUCAUGCUUUUGCCGAUGCUGGAGCGUGUGGAGGCUUUGCUGCUGCAUCCUUUCCUCCAGGUCUCCGGCCUUGAGCUCCGAAACUGGCCCCGUGUCUGGGCAAUGCUGGCUGAGGGGCGGCGCCCGGGGGUGUGCUCCUUUGGACACCUCUGCAGUGAUGCCGAGACGCUUUUGGCCAUCUCCUUGCGGGAGGAUCCAGGCCGAACUUCCGCCUUGUCACUGGAGGGCACCAUCCUUCAGCCCGAAGCCUCGUUGAUGGAGGCGGCCCACGCAGCCCAACACCCGCCCGAAGCCACGCGGGAAGCGGCCGCCCGCAUUUGCGCCAACGCCAAGGCUGUGGUGUCCUUUGCCUGCUGCGGCCGCGGCUGUGGCCGCGCGGCGGCUGCCGCGCCCGCCAGGGGCGCAGUCGCUACCGCGGACGCAGCGCUGCGGUGGGUGGUGGCAGCGCUGCUGCGGCCGAUGGAUGCCGUCGACCUGGAGGUCAGCGCCCGUCGUGCCGUUGAGGCCCUGUCCAGCGAGGACUCCGAGGCCAUGGCGGUGCCGCUGAGGUUCUUGGCGCAGAACGUGGGGGUGCCCCGGGACAUGGGCGCCGCGCCGGCCGCCGCCCUGCGCGCGCAUCUGCGGCUGCUGGUGGCCGCGCUGGAGAAGCGGAAGCCCGGCAAAGGCAUCGGACGACCGCGGGCGGUCAAGAUGCAGCCGGCGCGGGUCGAAGCUUUGGCCGAGCGCGAAAAGCUUCGCCCGCUCGUGGACGAAAGACGGAGGAUGGUCAGAGGCGCUGCCUUGACCCAGUGCAAACCGGCUCUCACCAGAUUGGAUUCUGCGAAGUUGUGA